UUUUACCAUUCGACUAAGAGUAACAAAACAACAGCGCUGAGAAGGCUGCUCCCAAAUCCUCCAAACGAAAAACCCUCAGUUAGAACUUAGAACAACCAGCGGCUAUCAUGGAGAAGAAUUCAGAGCCGACGGCGAACAAGAACCAGAAGAAGGCCAAUCUUCUAGAUCACCACUCGAUCAAGCACAUUCUCGACGAAUCCGUCUCCGAGAUCGUUGCGAGUCGUGGAUACGCUGAAGAUGUCAGGAUGAGCAAUGUCAGGUUGUUGCUGGGGACUGUCAUUAUUGCCGUCGCUCUCGUGGCUCAGUUUUACAAGAAGAAGUUCCCCGAGAAUAGAGACUUUUUGAUCGGUUGCAUCGUAUUAUAUCCUUUUUUCGUUUGAUCUAAAGAUUCAGUAGCUGAUUUCGCCUCAAAAUUUUGUGUCGUCUGAUUUUAAUCGUAGAAUUGUACUUCAUGUGUCAUUCCUGUGUAUAUGUUCCAACUCUCUUGAGUCUUGGGAAUUGAAUUCCUGGUUUGUUUUGGAUGGCUAAGUUGUUGGAUCCUUGACUAGGGCAAGUAUAUAGUCCUCAACGUGGUGUUGCAGCUGAUCAUAUUCGUGAAGGAAAAGAACGCCAUCUUGUUCACUUACCCUCCUCAGGGAUCUUACACAAGUACUGGUUUGAUGAUCACUUCGAAAUUACCAAGAUUCGCUGACGACUACACACUUACUAUAGCAAGUGCUGAUCCAAAGUCGAUUUCUGCUGGGAAGACAGUGGACUUGACUAAAAGUGUUACAAAAUGGUUCACAAAGGAUGGAGUUCUGGUGGAAGGCCUAUUCUGGAAGGAUGUGAACUCCCUAUUAGACCAGUACUCGGGGGAAGCAAAGAAGAGCAAGUGAUGAUCUUUUUAAAAUCUGAUUACUUUGAUGACCUAAGUGAAAAAGCAUACAUUAGCUCCAGCGGUAUCAUGCUCUGCUUUAGAACUACAACUUUCAAGCCUAGAGGACGAAAUAGACUUUGAAUUAUCUGUUUGGACCAUCCAUUGUUACUCUCAGCUGAAGCAGUUCUGUCUUGAGAAUCGUUUUCUCGCGCCAUCUCGAAUGAAUGCCCUCUUUAGUGCUGCAUGAUCCAAAUUGGUAGUCGUUUUGGUUGCUUGCAGUUGCAGCCUUGUAGGUGAAAACUCUGCUCCUAACAUUUGAGUUCAAUUAUCGGAGGUCUUUUGUGUUGGGCUUGGGCCUUCAACUUAUAUAAGUGAUGUGGAUUCUUUUAUGUUUUUAUAUUAUGAGCUAGCCCAACUUCUCAGUACUGUGUCAUGACUCAGGACUCAUGAGUGACGACAGGUGUAAUCCAACUACAAGAAGUCAGCGCCAUGAUAUCGAGUCGUUGUGGAAAGGGCCCACAUGAAGGAAGAUAUUUGUGUCGCUGAAUUGGCGGGCCCAAUGCUGGGCCCGUCUGUC